UCAGUAGGAGGGAGAGGGAGGAUGACUCUUGUGGACCGCAGCGAACAAGUCGGGACGGCGCUCCGGUCUGCGGGUGAGCUGAGGACAGGUCAUGUCAUUGCAGCGGCCGGAUCAGGGAUGAUACGUCGCCUGGUAAACAAGGGCCAGCUGCAGCCGUGCCAAGGGUUGAUGAUUGAAAGUGGGGGCAAAGUGCACUUCUAACGUCGGCGCGUUAUUUGCGUUGCCCCCCCAGAGGGACGGUCGACGAGAGGAAGAGAGGGGGGGUGUUUUUUUUGCACAACUUCUCGUUGCAUGACACCCGAGCUGUGCCAAAUCGCGCCAUAAUGCGGCGUCGUGCCUGCGAGGUGCCGGGCGGCGUGUGGCGUUCGCCGCUCAGGGCCGUCUGCGUCUUGGCGUUGUGCCUCUCACCUGCGCUGCCGCACCCGCAGUGUCUCGACUUCAAGCCCCCCUUCCGGCCGCAGACGGAGCUGGAGUUUUGCGUCACGUACAAGGAGUUCGGCUGCUGCGACGCCGCGAAGGACCGACUCCUGCAGGACAAGUUCUACCAGAUCGUGGGCAACUUCGGCUACAACGCCUACGCCAGCUGCGCCGGCCACGUCCAGGAGCUGCUGUGCCAGGAGUGUUCUCCCUUUGCGGCUCACCUCUUUGAUGCCGAGGACCCCAGCACCCCGAUGCGAACCAUCCCUGGGCUUUGCCCCGACUACUGCACUCAGUUCUGGAAGAAGUGCAGCUCCAUGGUCACCUAUCUGUCCGAUGACCCGCAUCUGGCCGACGCCAAACAUGACCAGGCCCACUUCUGUCGUCACCUGCAGCUCGACGACGUCGACUACUGCUACCCACAUCUCCUCAGCAACCAGCAGCUCACCCAGAACCUGGGCCGGGUCCAGUCCGACUCAGAGGGCUGUCUGCAGCUGUGCCUCGAGGAAGUGGCCAACGGGUUGCGGAACCCGCUCGCCAUGGUGCACGCCAAUGACGGGACGCACCGCUUCUUUAUCGCGGAGCAGGUGGGGUUGGUGUGGACCUACUUGCCAGACCGGUCCAGACUGGAGAAGCCGUUUCUGAACAUUACCAAAGCGGUGCUGACGUCAUCGUGGGAAGGGGACGAGAGGGGUUUUCUCGGGCUGACCUUUCACCCCAACUACAAGUACAGUGGGAAGUUGUAUGUGUAUUACUCAGUGGAGGUGGGUUUCGACGAAAGGAUCAGGAUCAGCCAAUUCCAUGUUUCUGCCAGCGACAUGAAUGUUGUGGAUCAUUCUUCCGAGAGGGUUAUUCUGGAGAUUGACGAACCUGCGUCUAACCACAACGGAGGGCAGCUGCUGUUCGCGGAUGACGGCUACUUGUACAUUUUCACAGGGGAUGGAGGCAUGGCAGGAGACCCCUUUGGGAGAUAUGGCAAUGCCCAGAACAAGUCAGCUCUGCUCGGCAAAGUCCUGCGUAUCGAUGUGGACGACAACGACAGGGGCCCACUGUACCGGAUCCCCCGGGACAACCCUUUCGUGCACAAUCCCGAGGCGCGCCCCGAGGUGUACGCGUACGGCGUGCGCAACAUGUGGAGGUGCUCGGUCGACCGGGGCGACCCCCUGACCAAAGAGGGCAAAGGUCGCAUCUUCUGCGGGGACGUGGGACAGAAUAAGUUUGAGGAGGUGGACAUCAUAGAGAGAGGCCGGAACUACGGCUGGAGAGCCAAAGAGGGAUUUUCCUGCUAUGACAAGAAGCUGUGCGCCAACAGCUCGCUAGAUGAUGUCCUACCUAUUUAUGCAUACCCCCACAAGAUGGGCAAGUCUGUCACUGGUGGCUACGUCUAUCGAGGCUGUGAAUACCCUAAUCUGAAUGGCAUUUACAUCUUUGGAGACUUCAUGAGCGGGCGCUUGAUGAGUCUUCAGGAGGACAGAAACACAAGGCGCUGGGAAUACCAUGAGAUCUGCAUGGGCAUGGGCCAGACGUGCACCUUUCCUGGACUUAUAAACAACUACUACCAGUACAUCAUCUCCUUUGCAGAGGAUGAAGCAGGGGAGCUGUAUUUCAUGUCGACAGGAAUACCGAGUGCCACUUCCCCUUCUGGAGUUGUGUACAAGGUGGUGGAUCCCUCAAGACGCGCUCCACCGAGAAAAUGUCGCUAUGACCCUCUUCCUGUCCGAGUGAAGAGCAACCUCAUCAAGUUCGUUCCAAAGGAAACAUUAAUCGGUGUUGAACCGCCAACCGAGAAUGGGGCAGAGCCGCAUCCGACCGAGUCCUAUGACUGGCUCCAGGAGCUCCUCGACCAUCUUGGAAAUCCAGAGCCAGAACUGACCACACCCUUCCCAACUACACCCACCACCACCACCACCACCAGACCGCCCAGACAUACAAGACGAAAGGGACGUCGCAAGAAGGGCAGGCACAGGGCCGACAGUGGGUCCAAUCCUCAGAACGGAGCAGUGAGACUGGUUGGGGAUGAGCACGGCCGCAGCGACCGUGGGCGGGUGGAGAUAUACGCCAACGGGGAGUGGGGUACGGUGUGCGAUGACCUAUGGACCACCUUGAACGCGGCUGUGGUUUGCCGGCAGCUGGGUUUCCGGAAGGCGCUGAAGGCGUCCAAGAACUCGGAGUUUGGUGAGGGGAACACUCUGCGGAUUCUUCUAGACGAUGUCCAGUGUGAGGGCACCGAGUCAAACCUGCUGGACUGCAGACAUGCAGGUGUGGGGCUGCAUAACUGCGCCCACUAUGAGGACGCCGGCGUGAUCUGCGGCAAUUCGGACUCCGUCGUGGAAGUCUAAACGCAGUUUGAAUGACCCUGACCUCACUGCUAAUAAUCACUGACUAAAAGUGUUGCAUAAAGGAAUAGUUUGGAAUUUUUAAAUUCUAUUUUAUACUUUAUUUUAUACUCACCGCUCGUGUAGUACACAGGUAAGUUUAACUUCCACAGUCAUCCAUCCUUUUCUAGAUGCAGGACACACAGCUCCAGCGUACCAUCUAUAGUUCAGUGUACUUAAUAGGGGACAAAUCCACAAUAGUUAUUCAGUGUACAGUAACAUUACACAGUUCAGCCAGCACAUGAUGCAAUAUUAUUCUAUCACUGCAAGUUCGAGUGGUCAUUUUAAAAAAUUUAGUCAUUUUUAUUGAGAAAUUCCCUGUUGGCCUUUGCUUUGCUGUGCCAUGGCGGUGCUGCUAAUUGCUUGUAGGCUGUGUUGGAGGAAGCAACAUGAUAGGAAACGACCUCAAAUAACCAUUAAAAAUCUGCAAAUUUGGAGUUCUUUUACUACUGAAUGAGGACUGUGGAUUUGUCCCCCAUCAGUCGCAUUGAACUGUAGUUGGCAAGCG